AUGUGGGGGAGGCUGGCUGGGGAGGGGGUCCGAGCUGCGGGCCUGAGCCCGUCAGGGGGUCCGAGCUGCGGGGCCGAGCCCGUCAGGGGGUCCGAGCUGCGGGGCCGAGCCCGUCAGGGGGUCCUAGCUGCGGGGCCGAGCCCGUCAGGGGGUCCGAGCUGCGGGGCCGAGCCCGUCAGGGGGUCCGAGCUGCGGGGCCGAGCCCGUCAGGGGGUCCGAGCUGUGGGGCCGAGCCCGUCAGGGGGUCCGAGCUGCGGGGCCGAGCCCGUCAGGGGGUCCGAGCUGCGGGGCCGAGCCCGUCAGGGGGUCCGAGCUGCGGGGCCGAGCCCGUCAGGGGGUCCGAGCCCGUCAGGGGGUCCGAGCUGUGGGGCCGAGCCCGUCAGGGGGUCCGAGCUGCGGGGCCGAGCCCGUCAGGGGGGCCGAGCCCGUCAGGGGGUCCGAGCUGCGGGGCCGAGCCCGUCAGGGGGUCCGAGCUGCGGGGCCGAGCCCGUCAGGGGGUCCGAGCUGCGGGGCCGAGCCCGUCAGGGGGUCCGAGCUGCGGGGCCGAGCCCGUCAGGGGGUCCGAGCUGCGGGGCCGAGCCCGUCAGGGGGUCCGAGCUGCGGGGCCGAGCCCGUCAGGGGGUCCGAGCUGCGGGGCCGAGCCCGUCAGGGGGUCUGAGCUGUGGGGCUGAGCCCGUCAGGGGGUCUGAGCUGUGGGCCUGA